AUGGGAUCAUAUCCAAGUUGUUUUUGCUGCCCUCAAUCUUAUUCUAACGGGUAAUAAGAUAUUAAUGAUAAUGAAACGCAUGUGACUUUUAUUAAAUAACCAAUUUUUAAUUAAGCUGUUCAAAUCAAUCCAGAUGAUGAUACUUCUUUACUCUAAAUUAUGGCAACAUAUGAAUAGUUAAUUAAUCGAAAAUCUUUAAGUACAAGCUUUCAUUGCUCCUCUAAUAAAAGAAGUCGUUCGAUAUCGGCUGAUAAUAAAUAAUAAAUGAAUAAAGAAUCUAUUAAGAAUGCGAAGCACUCCAAAAAGAAAAAAUUAAUGUAUUGUAGGUCUUUAAGUGCCAACUAACUUAUUAAUAAUGGAUCGAAAUAACAAAACACAAAUUAUAAGCCUAGCAGUAUAUUGAAAAAAAGAUCUUAUACUCAGGAUUCUCAAUUAUAGAAGAGAUUUAAAAAUAAUAAAGUUUCCUUCUUGCCUUUUAUUUUAUAAUGUAAUACUAAAAUCUGA